AUGGGAAACAUACGGGGCCUUUGUGCAAUUGACACACUUUACCAAGGUGGUAGCUCAUACUGUGGAAUGUCUAUUGGAAUCUCAAAUCACCACACUGUCGGAGAUGCCGGCAGCAUUUUCGGAUUUAUGAAGACGUGGGCAGCUUUAUGCUCCAUAUUUCUUGAAGACAAUAUCGACAGAGAUGAUGUUGCGGCAACUCUAGCAAGUGAUUCUCCACCAUGUUACGAUAGGACUAUGAUCAAUGACACAAAGGGACUUGGCUCAAUUUUUUGGGACCAAGGGGUCCUCCUCAUAAAGCUUUUUCAAAAUGAGAGUUCUACUGAUACUACAGCAAAACCUAUGACCAAAAAAGUUCGCAGAUCUUUUGUUAUUAGCAGAAACAAUAUUGAAAAACUCAAGAGCUUAGCCCUGCAAAAACGGCCACAAUUAGUUCAUUUAUCAUCAUUUACGGUAAUUUGUGCCCAUGUUUGGACUUGCUUGGUAAAAUGUCGUGGUCCAAGUGGAGAAUAUGUGGAUGAUGAAGAGGUGGAAUACUUUUGUUGGACGGCUGAUUGUCGACGACGUAUGGAUCCACCUUUGCCUUCCAACUAUUUUGGCAAUUGCCAAACACUUGUUAGGACAAAUGAAAAAAAUGGAAAGUUAAUUGAAGAAGAAGGAUUUCCAAUUGAAGUUGAGUUAAUCGGGGAGGGCAUUCAUCAGAGAUUGAAGAACAAUGAUUCACUCUUCGAUGAUGCUGACAAGUGGUUGCCGGAUACUGCGGGUAUAAAUAUGGACAGGCUUGUUUCCGUGGCUGGCUCACCAAGGUAUAACUAUUACAAUCUGGAUUUUGGAUGGGGAAAGCCUAAAAAGUUUGAGUUCAUUUCGAUUGAAACUUCAGGGGCCAUUUCUCUUAGUGGGAGUAGAGAAUCAGAUGGAGACAUUGAGGUUGGUUUAUCCCUUUCCAAGCCAAGAAUGGAUGCUUUUACGGUUAUUUUUAACGACCGGCUUAAUUCUCUGUAAAAUUCUACGGUAAAAGUCAAUUUUGGGACGCUUGUAUGUCGUUUCUGGUUUU